AUGCCGUCUUCCUCAUCUUCCUCGUCGGAAGAUGAGACGCCUAUCGAACUCAUAGAAGCCAAGGGAUCUUCCUCUGAUGAAAGUGCCCCGCCAGCACGUUCGGGGGAACGUGGCAUGGUGGGCAUGUGGACGUGGCCGUGUCCCAGAUGCUACGGGAAAACUUUCGAUAUGAGAGUUCAGCUGGGCACUCUAAAGCCAAUCGAUUGGGAUAAGCAGACUUUGGCUGAGAAGUUUCGCUCGGCUCUGCAGAAGCGGGGGUUACUAGGUGACUUGCAUCUGGAUUGCAAUUUAGUUUUGUUUUUUGCUCACAAGAUUCUUCCAAGACAUGCGAUUGUCCAGUUUUUCUUGUGGAAAGGUUUCUUGCAAAGCGCUGUUGCCAAGCUUGUGGAGCCGAGGCAGAAAAUGAUCAUCGUAUCCGAGCCCCACAAAAAGUGGGACGCUCAAACAGAGCGUAGAGAGCAACACUAUCAUGUGGUAGUCAAAUUCCAGAGGCCGUUCGCUCACUACAAAGUGAACCAGGACAUGUCUGCGCUGGGAGCAAAAGGUUUUUGGACGUUCAAUUUGUGUGGCCUUGCCGUGUAUUUGCACUACAUCCUCCGAGAAAGCGCAAAGAAGAUAGGCGCAGACAUCGAUCCAGAACCAUACUUCUGGCCAGAGAGUUUCACAGCAUCACACGCGGCAGAGAUCAUGGACAGAGUUUCAAACAGUCAGCUGCAUCGAAAUGGAAACGAAGGUGUCAAAGCUGCUGUGCAAGCGUCGUCCAAGCGACCGGAAGAGUGCUCCAAGCGUCCGACCAAGCGUCGGAAGUCAUUGUCCUUUUCGGAGUUUACGGACCUGGUCAUAGAAGCUGGGGUGGAAACGGAACAGCAAUUAUUUCAGUUGGCCAAGGACCAAAAACUGAAAGGGCACGAUCUUCUUUGGAAUUUUGUCGGCCAAGCAAUCCAUCCAGAGCGGCUUCUGGCCAGGUGCCUGCGUGCUUGGAAUUCGGAGAAGAUGCCCCCAACACUUCUUCAUACAACUUCUAAGUUCGGCGUGGCUGACUUCGAGAUUCCUCCCGGUCUCCAGGAAUGGCGUGACAAACACCGAUUGGAUCGCACACUGGUUCUCAGUGGGCCUGGGAACUGUGGCAAGACGGCUCUGUGCGCCGCCCUGCUGGCGGAACACGGUGCUUACUAUUUUUUGGACAAGCUGGAUGUGGUCAAGCGAUGUUUGUUUCAAAGCACGACAUCUCUUUUGGUUGACGAUGUAUGCCUCCGAUCUGCUUCGGUUGAUGACGCCAAGUCCUGGCUGGACAACACCGUUUGCAGGUUUGCGUCCUGCCGACACGAGGAUGGUAUGUUGCCUCCGGGCAUGCGGUGCUUCACGACCAAUUGGGACAAGCGUGGGUUCCUGCCCGACGAAGCCCGGCAUGAGGAACACUUGGUGGCGAUUGAGCGGAGGAUGUGGUUUGUUGAGGUCGGUUCUGAUCUUCGUAAGAACAGUGCUUCUUUGACCAGUUCCUCUUCGGCGGUGCUGCCACUGCCAGCUUCCGAUGAGAUGUUGCAGGUCCUCGCGGAGGAGUUGAAUGACUUGAAGCAACGACGGGCCGCGAUGCGCGCGGCCAACCGUGCAUUGGCAAAGCAGGAGAAGAAUAUGAAAAAACGACGUGGUGGAGCUGCAGUGGUCGCAGCUGGUGGUGGAGAUGGCGCGGAAAGUCUUCUGUGUGAAAAGAUCCCCGGAAUUGUGGCUGUCUAUGCGCGUGUCACUCUCGGAGGUGGUGGAGCUGCGGUGGUAGCAGCUGGUGGUGGAGAUGGCGCGGAAAGUCUUUUGCGUGAAAAGAUCCCCGGAAUUGUGGCUGUUUAU